ACUUAAGGAACCAAGUAAAAUUCCCGCAUUUACAUGGCUGUUCUAUAGGAUCUGCUCCCAUUCCACUCUCUCUCUUUCUUCUUUCUCUCCCUAUAUAGCUUGUGUCGUGAGCACUGCAAUUCUCACCGGAAAACCCAACGUUGCCGUCAUAUAUGCUAAAUGUGUUGAAAAUGGCCGGAAAAAGUAAGAUUCUUAUCAUCGGAGGGACGGGAUACAUCGGGAAAUUCAUAGCUGAAGCAAGCGCCAAGGCCGGUCACCCGACUUUUGCUCUCAUCAGAGAGUCCACCGUUUCAAGUCCCACAAAAUCCAAGAUUAUCGAGAGCUUCAAGAACUCCGGCGUCGCUUUAAUCCAGGGAGAUCUAAAUAAUCACGAGAGCUUGGUGAAUGCGAUAAAGCAGGUGGAUGUGGUGAUCUCCACAGUUGGUACUGCAAUGGUACCCGAUCAAGUCAAGAUCAUUGCCGCCAUCAAAGAAGCUGGGAACGUCAAGAGGUUCUUCACUUCUGAGUUUGGAAUGGAUGUGGAUCGUGUCCAUGCUGUUGAACCUGCAAAAACAGCUUUCCAGACGAAGUCUCAAAUCCGCAGAGCUGUGGAGGCUGAGGGAAUUCCGCAUACUUUUGUGUCUUCCAACUUUUUUGCUGGCUAUUUUCUUCCAACGUUGUGCCAGCCAGGAGUCACAUCCCCACCAAGAGACAAAAUUGUUAUCUUAGGGGAUGGGAAUCCAAAAGCAAUUUUUAACAAAGAAGAUGACAUUGGAGCCUAUACCAUCAAGGCUGUGGAUGAUCCAAGAACCUUGAACAAAAUCCUCUACAUCAAUCCCCCAGGCAACAUAUACUCCAUGAAUGAGCUUGUAUCCUUGUGGGAGAAAAAGAUUGGCAAAACCCUUGAAAGGAUUUACGUUCCAGAAGAGCAGGUGUUGAAGAACAUUCAAAAGGCCUCGUUUCCAAUGAAUGUGGUAUUAGCAAUCAGUCACGCUGCUUUUGUUAAGGGAGAUCAGACAAACUUCGAGAUUGAACCAUCCUUCGGAAUGGAGGCCUCUGAGCUUUAUCCCGAUGUCAAAUGCACCACCGUGGACGAGUACCUUAAUCAAUUUGUCUAGUCAAUAGAACUUAUUGGCAGCAUUCUGAAUUCUGAUCUGUCUUAAAAAAUUUACAGAUUAGUUGUUCCUUUAUUGAGCCAUUUCAGGGGAUUCCAAGGAAAGUGGAUACAUACUCUAUUCACAUGUAAUUAUUAUGCUGAGGUUAAAUCGAAUUUGAAGGUUUUUGGUCUCAAAUGGAUGAUAUAUAUAU